ACUGACUGUUAGAAAAUGAAGAGUCUUCAUUCAGCCAGUAAAACAUGGAAUACAUCCAUCAGCAAGGACUCAGUGCUGAUUUCUAUGCCGGGGACUAACAAGCGAUUCAAGAGGAAGUCCCGAGAACCUAAAAGGCUGUUCAGCAGUCCUGAGCCAGAGAGCACGGUUGUUUUCCCAGCGGACAUGUCUGACUUGGACCAUACGGAUGACAUCCAGGUGCAGACGUGUAACCUCAGCGGGUCGACUCCACUUCAAAGGCACCUGAUGAUCCAGGAGGCAAAGUCCGACCUGACAGCUGGAUAUCAGGCUUUGGUGCGCCCAGAAGGUGGCAUGGCUCUGACUCAGAGCGGCGCCAUAGACAUGAGGAUCAGCACUCAUGUGCCUGCCAUCAUGUCUAAACUGUCCCAGGUGCCUGCCUCCCAGUUCUCUCAUUCAGAGGUCUCUCACUGGCCUUCAGCCAUCUCCCAGCCUCUGUCCAACAGACUCAAGCUGGGCUUCCACCCCACCUUCCCUCUAACCACAUCCAGCAGCAGCAGCAGCCACAGCCUUUCACCCAGCCACCAGGCCAUCUCACUGGAUCCGUCUCUGCUAGGCCAAGCUGACCCCAGAAGCUCCCAUUGCCAUGAGCACGUGGAGGCCGAGGGCCAGUCACCCAAGGAAUCUCCAAAGAAGCAAGUUGGCCUGAGCACUGAGAGACCUGGGCGCCUUCCAGAGGUCAAGGCCAUCCAGCAGACCAGGAGGCUGCUGGCCAACGCCAGGGAGAGGACUCGCGUCCACACCAUCAGUGCAGCGUUUGAGGCUCUGAGGAAGCAGGUUCCGUGUUACUCCUAUGGUCAGAAACUGUCGAAGCUGGCCAUACUGCGCAUAGCCUGCAACUACAUCCUGUCUCUGGCUCAGCUGGCCGAGCUGGACUACAGCCCCGACCACAGCAGCCUGAGCUUCUCUCAGUGUGUGGAGCAGUGCACCAGGACUCUGCAGGCCGAGGGCCGGAGCAAGAAGAGGAAGGUGGGGAGGAUGGAAGACGUGUGACGUCUACUGUUGCCAGACUCAGCCGCCGUCAGGAUCAACUCAUCUUACGUUGGAUGGAAAAAUCCUGUUGCUCACCACACUAACAGACAAUAUGGAAAUAGAUCCAUAUCAUAUGAACUUUAUUAUGACUGUACCGUUUAGUAUCCAGGCCACUGAACAAUCAUAAUAAUGAUAAGAAUGGUUUUAAAAAGCAGGCAAUUCAUUUGUGAUAUUGUGACAGCAUCGAACAAGAUAUAUAACAUUAUUGGGCCAAUAAAAGUUAGUUGACAUUGUUUACAUCAA